CCGCGGUGAGCUUGACUCUAGUUGAGGUUAAUAUCGGAAGCGUCUCUUUAAUGUUAGAAGAAUUAUUAUGAAAACAAUUAUUAUUAUCCAAAGUUAAACCUACGAACCCUAUACAUACGGACGUAAAUUUUAUGUUGUUACGUGAUUUCUCAUUACAGUGACGCUUCUGGUGUUUUUUCCUGACAAAUAUUACCAAGUUUUGAUUAGCGUCACAAGAAGAUGGGUAAAAAAGUAAGAGAAUAUAAGUCAGGAGACUUUAUAUUUGCUAAAGUAAAGGGAUAUCCAGCAUGGCCUGCAAGGGUUCAAAGACCAAUCGGAAAGAAAUACUUUGUGUAUUUCUACGGCACCGGUGAGACAGCCAACCUACCACCAAACAUGAUAUUUGACUACGCAGAGAACAAGGGGAAGUUUCUGACCAAAACAGUUAAGCGGCGCGACUUUAACGACGGCGUGAAACAGAUUGAAUUUGACUUCGCUAACAAUGUGCCCUUGGAAGAGGUUGUUGGAUUGUCGGAAAAAGCAGCGGAAGGUGAUUCGGCGAAUGAUACUGCAAAUGAUCUGGACAGCACAGCAGACUCAAUGGCUGCCGAUAAUACUAUCGACGAGUCGGUUGCCAAUACUACACAAAAUGAUACGGGCAUUGAAGAUUCCGAAGAUGUUGAUGAAGCUAGGGUGAAAGUAAAGAAACAAGCCGCCAAAACUCCAGCAAAGGAGCCGAAAACGCCAAAAACACCGCGCGGCAAGGCCAGGAAGGAGGAAGACGAGAGUGCGGAGAAGAAAGCAGAAGAACUUGUCAGUCGGAGUGGAAGGAAGAUACGCCCUAAACGCUACAUGGACGAACAUACAGAAGAGAACUCGACUCUCCCAUCUCCUGCUCCAAAGAAACGCCGCGCCACAUCUCCAGCCGCAGAGAAAGACAAAGUCAAGGCAGAUAUUGUCAUAAAUAACUUCAAUGCUGUAACCCAGAUGGAACUUGAAGAUAUUAAGGAGCCGUUUAGUUCAGUUGACUCGGAUAAGGAGAACAUCCUCAUAUCGUACCUGCCGUCGGGACAGUACGUAGGCAUCAAACUGUUCCAGUCCAGACCGAGCAGCUUCAAGAACGAGGCUGCGAGGCUGCUGUGGGACCGGCAGGCCGCCACCAACGCCAUCACACUGAAGCACCAGCUUGAACGCGGACACAUCUCAGCGCAGUCCAUCACCGGUCAGCUGGUGAUGGAUCUUGGACUCACUGAUGAGGAGAAGGCUACGUUGGACAAGGAGAGAGAUACAGAGGAGAAGAAGUCCCGGGUGCGGUUCUUGAAGACGGAAAUGAAACUGAUAGAGUUGGACACGAAGAUAAAGUCGUGCUUGUGUCUGGAGAAGGCUGACACCACUCUAUGCUUGAAACUUUUGGACGAAUUUGAGGAGCUCGACCUGAAGCCCCUGAUGCUACUCAAGCACCCAUCUUGCGUGGAGACAGUAAAGCGCAUGCGCGCGUAUGUAGGCAACGCCCCCUCGUGGGACCUCACCGAGAGUGACGUCAUGGAGUUCAACAAGCACGCUCACCAGAUCCGCAAGAUGGCCGACAGCCUGUACACCAGCAUGAGGAAAUUGUUCACGCUGCCACAAGGUCUCAAGUUCUAUGAGUACUUCUGCGAGCGAGUCGCUCUGUUCAAGAGUGCCACAGAGAAACUGAGCUCCGAUGAACUCUUGGAGUUAGUGCAUGAGCCCAUAGAAAUGAGCCAACCUUCAUCGCACACAAUGAAGUCAUCUGUGGACGCUGCGAACGGUUGCACCGAUCUGAACAAAAGUAAACCUUCAGGGAAGCAGAAAAAACCCGCACACAACGCUAAACAGUCAGCAAAACGAGACUCAUCAAAGAAAUCACAACAAGAAGAAAAAGAAGCGGUGAAAGUUGUGGACAAAGAAAGUCAGAAAUCUGCGGAGAUUGAGAAGGCACAAAAGCAACAAGAUAAAGCGGAAGAAACGGAACAAGAUAAGAGUGGUGGAGUAGAAGAAAAUCCUAAAGAGAGUGAGCCAGAUGUUGAUAGCGAGGAACAAAAAGAAACAGCAGUUGAAGAAAAUAAAGAUGAAAAUUUGGAGAAAAAUUCAGAAGAAGCGGAAAGUGAAAAGGUGAAUGAAAAGACUGAAACAAAAGAAGUGAAAACCACUCAAGUUACAAAAGAUGACGAAGACACAGACAAGGCAGACAGUGAAGUUUCAGAUAAAGUGAAAGAAACAGAUAAACCAGAAGAGAAGAAUUCUAAAAAUAAUACAGAUAAAUCAAAAGAUACAGACAAACCUAGUGCACAAGAAAAGACAAAUAGUGAGGAUGUUUCAAAAGAUAGCCAAGAAAAGGCAAAGAAUCAUGUGGAAAACUCCAAAGAUCCAACUCCAGAAAAAUCAAAAGGCAGUGGAGAUAAGCCAAAGGACACUAAAGACACGCCGGCUAAGAAAGAUUCAGAUAACACAAAGGAUAGAAAGGAUUCUGAAAAGAGAGGCGAGAAACGCAGAUUGAGCGGCGAAUCAAAUAGUAAGAGUGACGAGGAUAAAGGAAAGGAUUCUGAAAAGGAGAUUGAUGAACCUAGGAGUAAAAGAUCAAGAGAGGUGAAGAAGACUGAUUCAGGGGCACAGCGGUCGCCAACCAAAAGGAAGUCUAAAGCUUAGUUGUACCAACACUUUGUAUACAGUCCACGCCAGUCAGUACUCUAUGACAUCUAGUGAGAACUGGCAGUAUUUAUCGAAUCUUCUCGAUACGAUAUCACCAGUAUGAUAGGAUGUUUCCUGCUAGAGUACUAUAUAUACAACUUGACUCGACUAAGGUUCUGAAUUACCUGAUGAUACAAGGUAUCCUUCUACCUAUCUUCAAGAUCCUACUUAGGGUUAUUAAGAGUCCUGAACGGCACAGCAUUAUAAUCAUGGUCCGCUUAUAACAUAUUCACACAGAGCGAUUAAAGUUGAUCGAAUGUUCAACCUUAGAUCUAUUCUAUUCUAUUCUUUAUAUUGUGACUUUUGGGGAAAGGUCACCACAAUUGAACCAAUGUCAGGUUGAGGAAGGCUACCAAGUAAUAAAUAAUGGCAUGGUGUCAACCUAUGCUCAUUUGUACAUCUAGAAAGAUUGACAGCUGUGAAAACGUUGAAAAAAAAAUUGAGGGUGACUGUAAACCUCUAUUUUGUGUAAUGCACGCACACUAACACAAAGGGACAUACAAAUCGCGAGUGUAAGACGUAUCUUGUCACGCACACUAAAGUAAUAAACCUGGCUUGUUUUCAUCGGUUGUCUAGCAGUAAAGGCUCUAUCCAGAUGUAUAUAAAUUAUCUAAUUGUUCAACUUGCUUGAGUUGUUGAAUGUAAACUAUCAUUCAAUAUGUCUGAAGUUUACCAUUUACUUUAUUUUAUUUACGUCUUUUAUUAUGGUUAAAAAAUAAAAUAAAAUACAUUUUAUAAGCAUUUGUAUAUAUUAAUAGCCUACUAGCAAACAUUGUAUUGUCCAAUAAAUAAAUAAAAUAAAUAAUUGGGGUAUAAAAAAAAUAUGAAACUGAUUCUCAAACCUACCAAAUAAAUAAUUAUAAGGUAUAUUUGGUAUUGUAUUCGAUUGCCAUCUUGCAACCCUAUAGCGGUUUAGUGGAUGGAACAGAAUAAUAUAAAAAUCGUGAUACAAAAAUAGGUGUAGAUCGUAGAAGGGCGAAAAUUUGUCGUUGUACGUAUUUUACAAUGCUGAAUCAUAAUAAAAAAAUCAUGCACAAAAAAUUUCAUACAAAUCGGUUCAGUCGUUUAGGAGUUCGGUAAUAAACACCGGGACACGAGAAUUUAAUAUAUUAUUAGAUAAGUGUUGGUUACAUAUGGACAAAGUCAACAGCACAAAGUGAAAUUUACUGUGGUAUUUUAAAAUAUGUAACGAUCACAUUCGGACAUUUUUAUAUCCAGAAAAUAUAUCAUCCGAUUAGCGAAUUUACUCUGAAGCAAAUUCUCCCAAUCUAGGUCUCUGCAGUCACAUUCACAUAAACGGAUUUAUUUCAAAUUUUUUGUCUUAAUUAACAAUUUAUACCACCAGAAUUUUUCAAAGUCCGCCAUCUUUGCCAAUUGAAUAUCUUAGGACCGUAAGAAAUGCGAGAUUCAGUUCCAUUUAUAUAAAGUGCGUAUGAUAACUGUACUGUGUAGAGCUUGUCUUGUAUCAGCAGUAAGGAAUAUGCAUAUUUUUUUAUUAAAUAAAACACAAAUAUAUUUUUUUUUUCAUAAAUUUUUAGUACAUAUUAUUUAUAAACCGUUGUUCAGAUUGGAUACGACGUUAAAGUAUGUAAACAAUUUCAUGUCAUUUUUGAAGCAAUCCUCUCCAGAUGUUUGUCUGUUCGUUGUUAUGAACUAUGACGUCAUAGUACAUGCACAACAAGUGCACCGUUAGCAUUAGGAUGUCCGGUUAUUUUUAACACAUGGCUAU